AUGACCACGACGGAGGUGCCACCGGGCAAACUAGCCCCGAUCGACAGGAAGGCCGAGGCGGCUGUUGUGGAAGAGAAAGAAUGGAAAGAGAGAGAGGAGGAAAAGAUGCUGAAUGCACUCCAAGAAGCACUGGACUGCACCAAGUGCCGCAUCGCAGUCACCGAAACGAGCAUGGCCACCGAUAUUGACUCGGGCAUCUACAUCACCACUCAUUACCCACCCUUCUUCACAACCAACCACACAAGAGACGAGUUCAUCUCUCCCCUCGACAACGCGACCCGACCCAAGGACCCCACCUACUGGAACCGCAUCUCCGUCUCCCAACGCGAACAGUACUACGAACAAGUCGAAACAAAGCUCAACUCCGCUCUCUCCAAACACCCCACGCCCGACGCCGAGCUGGCGGUUCUCUUCGCACACUACCAGGUCGACUACCACAUCCGCCAACACUACCUCUCCCGAUCGAGUGUGCUAACCCUCUGCCGCGACGCCGAGGACAUGCACCAACUGCGGAGGUGGCAGUGGGACAUGGCCGACGCGGACGGAACGGCGCCAUCGUCUGCAGGCUGCUCCUGCUCCUGGCCAAACCAGUGCCGGCACUGGGGGUGGAUCGAUGACCGGAAUCUGAUGAUGAUGCAUCAGACCGCUAUGUGGAGGCGGGCAUGGAGGGAGCGGCGGCGGCGGCUGAAAGAGGUAAGGGCGAGGUGGGCGAUUAUUAUGGAGGAGAGACGGAGGCAGAGGGAAUUGCUUAGGAUCAGACAGAAGGCUACCCUGGCCGUGGCUACGCUGACGGUCAAGGUGUAUUGCAGGGGGGAGUUGUGGGAUGUGCGCCAGAUGGAGCGGUUCGCAGAGGAUGGAAAUGUCAAGGGACGGCUGGCGCGGAGUUUGGGAGUUUAG